AUGCUUCCAACGCCGCCGAGUGCUGCGCUAUCGUUCUUCAGAAACCCAGUGGUGCUAAGCCAUGCAGUCAUAUCUGGUAUUUCACGUGAGACAGGCAUAGAAUCAUACGGCAUCUGUUUGCCCGCCAAACAAGUGCCUAAGCAGCUCGCCACUCAAUUGACGGUUCUCGUAAGCACUAGCUACUUGCAUGUUUCUGCAUUCUAUCAGUUAAAGAGCUCUGCUGGUGAUAUCCGCUAUUACUUGCUGGUCAUUCCUCGAGAUGACGCAGCCGACGUCCGCCCAUAUAUGUCAUUGUAUGGCAUACUGCGUGAUAAGAUGCAACUAGACUGUGGUUUAUUUGAACCCUUAGCGCUUCAGCUGCUAGAUUUACUGGACACAUUUAGUCGCUUGAGGUAUACCCACGGGGCAAUUUGUCCAAGUAAUAUUUACCUUAGUCCCGCCCAACUGUCCGUACGGCUGGGGCCCCCAAUGCCCUUUGCUGCCUAUCUGAUUGAUGUAGAAAGAACUACUAUGAUUGACUCUUCUGUCCACAGUUAUGAUGUCUGCAUACCACCAGAGUGCUUUCUUAUCUAUAAAAGCACAAUAAACUGUCUGCAGCCAAGCACUGAUGCUUGGAUGGUUGGCGCCUCACUGCUUUACGUUGUUCUUGGCACAAAGUUCAUAGAGUCCCAUUUCACCAGUUCAUACAGUGACUAUCGGGUUGAGCUAAUAACACUUCUUUUCCAUGCUCUCGGUCCUCCUCGUCAACUUGGUUCUCUGCCACUGCAAAAAGAGGCAGAAGAAAAGCUCAUCUCGUCAUUUGAAGGGAUCGUUCCAUACUUAGAUUGUUCCAAUCAAAUAAGUUUUCCUGGGGCGCUUAGAUUGAAUGGCUUUAGAAGAUCUGUUAUAAAAAGAAUCGUUACGGGUCUUAUGACCUAUGACUUUAAUAGUCGGCUUAGACCAGGUCUUGCUCUAGAAAUAAUGAAGAAGGAGAUAGAUCGAUUGGAGCCCACGAGCUGCACGCCUAACUUCCAUUCUAGUUCUGACCACGCAGCACAGCUUUUGCAUACAGAAAGACAAGAUUUACACACAUGCCAAAAACGCAGGAGGAGCCGUUCAAUGUCUCCACACAAACGUAGGAGCACAUCUAGUCGAGGCCCUUCACUAGCUGUAGACGCACCGUCUUCCCAUCUGUGUGUGGAGACCCUUGCCAGACAACCCGUCAAUCAUCGUUCGAAGUCUUCUAGCACCGACAUGGACGAACUAGUGAAGCAGGUACGGAGUUCUAUAGAUUAUGGUGCAAUAGCUGCAAGCACAAUUAGUACUCGGGCGCUCAAACGAGCCAUGGUGUCCUCCCCGAUUGAGUCAGCGAGGGACAUCCAGGCCACGCUCCAAAAGGAAUACGAGACCCGGCCAUCUGUAGAAGAUCUGAUUAUUCCAAGCAAGGCGUCACUAAGCAGAGGCACAGCAUCGAUAAAGCCUCUUACCGUCGAGAAAGACAAGCCCAGCAGAAGGUCUGAGAGCGUGCAUUAUAAAAGAUAUUCAAAAGUACUGCGAGAACAAGUCUCUAGAGAGCUUGCAUGCACAGAAAGAAGACUUAAUAGCGAUCGUAAGCCGCUUUCACAAUCUCUUCAGUUGUCUGCAGACAACCCUAAUGCUUCGCGUGAUUCUGUCAAUGAAUUUAGUGUUGCUGCACCCGAAUACGACCGAGGCGAUGGGCUUUUUGUUGACAGCAUGGAUGCGCCUCUACUGGAGAUUACCAAGGAGCUUCCCCUUCUAUCAAAGGGCUCUGAUGUCAAGGCAUACACACAGAUGUCGCUUCCGGUGACACUAGCUUCAAAGAUUCGCGAGCCAGUGUGCUCAGAUAACAGGUAUGAGCCUCCAAUCUCUGAUGACUCUAUAAGGUGCCAGAGUACGGGGAAGAAAGUUGCGAGAGACAUAUGCACCAUCGUAAUACACCGUCUGUCUACUCCGUACAAGGCACAGCUGAAUGUUGACUUUGCAGUGGAGCUCAAGCCGGCAGGCCAUUCGUCAAGAUCCUCAUUUAUUGGUAGCAUGAGCAAUGUAAAGAUAGCAGAGCCCCCAGACUUCGGAAUUUCUGUCCCCACAAACGUGGAAAUAAAAGUCGUGAAUUUUGAUUCUGCAUCAAGAGACUACUCCGGGGUACUUAGUGGUAGAUUGGUUGUGUCCAUUAAUGCACCCCUAAAUACCUGUAAAGUCAUUUCCUUUAAUCUCCGUAUAGACAUACGAGAAAUGCCAAAGCCUCAAGAGUGGAUGCUGAGCACAAAUGGUCUGGCAUCUGCUCUGCUGGAAGUUUUAUACUAA